GGAAGUGGGCGGUGGGCAUGGGCAUGGGCAUCCCCUACUCCGCGAUGUGUCUGCUGCCCUGCCAGCUCCCCCAGCCUCUGCCCCUGUUGAAAGCCGAGUGCCACCCCCUAGGACGUGUGGUUUCUGUGGAGCUGGGGGAGACAGGGCCUCCGGGCCAUCAGGCUGCUGCCGUGGUUUGCCCCGUGCUGUGCAGCAGCUCGGCCAGCGCCCUGGUGCGGCGCGGCCCGCAGCGGACGCGGGGGCUCCAGCGCGCCGGCUGUGGGGAGUGCAGCGCGCAGCCGUCCCCACGUUCAGGAGCCCCCGUCUCUGCCCGCAGACUCCCCGAGCACGACGAGGCACCCGCCUUCCUCCUGGAGUGCGACCGCGCGGUGCUGGGCGCGCUGCAGAGACACCUGGCGCUGUACAAGAUCCGGCGGAAGGUCGCGGUGGAGCCGCGCCCCGAGCUGCGCGUGUGGGCUGUGCUGCCCCGCACCGCGGAGGAGGCCGGCGGGGCUGCGCCGCUGCGGGAGCGGGCCGAGGGGGCCACCGUCCUCACCCGCGACCCCCGGACCGCCCGCAUGGGCUGGCGGCUUCUCACCCAGGACGAGGGCCUGGCCCUGGUGCCCGGCGGCCGGCUGGGAGACCUCCGCGACUACCACCGCCACCGCUACCAGCAAGGCGUUCCCGAGGGGAUCCAUGAUCUGCCCCCAGGAGUGGCCCUGCCCCUGGAGUCCAACCUGGCUUUCAUGAAUGGUGUCAGCUUCACCAAGGGCUGCUACAUCGGUCAGGAGCUGACGGCCCGCACCCACCACAUGGGCGUCAUCCGCAAGCGCCUCUUCCCGGUGCGGCUGUCGGGCCCUCUCCCGGCCGGCGGCGUCAGCCCUGGCACCUCGGUGCUCACUGCGUCCGGGCAGGCAGCCGGCAAGUACAGGGCAGGCCAGGGGGACGUGGGCCUGGCCUUGCUGCGGUCAGAGCAGAUCAAGGGCCCUCUCCACAUCAGGACCGCUGAGAGUGGCCAGGUGGCCCUAACUGCCUCCGUGCCGGACUGGUGGCCCACAGCCACCAAGUAGCUCUGGAGCUGCCAGGGGCCGCGGAGGGCCCUGUCCAUCUGCUGCGCUCUGCAGGCUGGCCCCCACUUCCCACGGUUGUCUGGUUAAUGCAUACACCCCCCAGAGGCCCCCCAGUGUCGUGGGCCUCCCAGGCUGCGGGCAUCGUGGGUGUGCAGCUAUGGCCCGGACGUUUCCCACAGAGGGUCUGAUGCCCAGCUCGGGCUGUCCUCUCCCGGCCGCCCUGUGGCCGGGAGGGGCAGGAGCCCUCCCGCAGCGUGGGGGUGAGGACAAGCAGGCCCUGCACCUGCUUCUGGGCUGAGCUGAGCUGCAGCUUCUGCCAGAUGAGGAUGGACAAGACCCCAGCCGUCCGGGUUUAGAGGGUGUUCAGCCACCCGCCCAGGACAAGCACAGUCCAGAGCCUUGCCCCUGGGCUGCCUGCACCCGUCUCCCAUCUGGGCUUGGCUGAAAGGACAGGUGGGCCCUGGGAACUGCCUUACCAUGUGCAGGCUGUGGGGGGCCCCGCCAGCAUUUCAGGUGGGGUCCCCACCUGUGCUCCGUGGUCUCGGCAGCAUGCGCCCCACCCCCGGGGCUGCUCAGGGUGCGGGGAGGAGCUUCUGCUUGGUUUCCUUGCUGCUGGUUUGAGAUGUUGCUGUGUCCUGACAGCUGACUCCCCCCUCUUUAAACCACUGACUUCUAUUGUCCUCUGCAGUGUGAACCUCAUGCUUACAGGGUGUCCCACUUGAUGCUCCGGGCCGGCUAUUAAAGCGUGACCCA